AUGUCUCUCUUCGGCCAGUCGACCGCUGGUGCGAGCAACUCGCCGUUUGGGCAGCCCGCGCAGGACCAACAGCAGGCUCCGGGUGGCGGAGGCGUCUUUGGUGCCGCUCAACAGAAUAACCCUGCUGGCGGCGGGCUUUUCGGACAGUCGACGCAGCAGAGCACGACGCCUGCGGCUGGUGGUGGAAUCUUUGGCGCGGCGCAACAGAACAACCCUGCUGCCGGAGGCAUACUGGGGGGCGGGCAGCAGCAGACGGGGACCACGGGCGGCGGAUUGUUUGGACAGGCACCACAAGGCCAAACGACGGGCACCACUGGAGGUGGCCUGUUUGGCUCGCAGCCUCUGGGCCAGCAGCAACAGCAGCAGCAGCAAAAGCCUUCCCUGCUUGGGGGAACGGCCGGAUCGUCUCUUUUCGGUGGUGCCUCUGCUGCACCCCAGACGAGCCUUCUUGGAGGAAGCACUCUCAUGGGGAGCUCAGCCCAGCCUUCUGUGUUUGGCUCGACAACGAACGCGAAUGCCGCACAGCAGCCGCAGCAAAAUGCUGGCUCCCUCGGCGGUAGUCUCUGGGGUGCCUCGACUCAGCCGGCCCAGCCGCAGCAGCCCGCGGGCGCCUACUUUGACAGCUUGUUUGCCAAAACACAGAGAGAGGGUGGCGCCAGGGCCAAUAUGGAGGACCUCCCCAGCCUCGAGCUCGGCCUAGGUGAUUUGCGACAUCGUCUGAGGAAGCUCCAGUCCAAGCAGAACGAGAGGCCUUUGGACGGUAAAGCUCAUUACCUGCUCGCCGCCUCGGGAGUCGAUCCUGGAGCGGCUGCCAAGGACCUUGGCCUGCUUGAUGUUCCAAGCGCGCGAGUUGAGCGCACGCAUGGAUACGCCCCCAGUGAGAUCGACGUCGAGACGUACUUGUCCAACUUGCAGACGAAGACGACGCUCGAUAUGAUUUCCGACGGCCUGGAACGGUCCAUCCGCGAUUUUGAUACCUUCCUUGAGGAUAACGUGGCCACGGAGUGGGACGCUCAACGCAAGCGCAUCUAUCAGCAUUUUGGCAUCAAGCCGCGGGAGGACUCGGCCGCUGCGGCUCGGGAGUCCCAGGGCGGGUUUGGUCGUUCUAGAAGAAAAUCUCAGGCUCCUGGUGCUCGAACCGGCCGAAACAGUGCGCUGGGCAAUUCCGUGCUCCAGCGAUCAGUCAUUGGCGCCCCCAGCCGAGUUGGCACUCAUCAGCCAGAGUUUUCCGACGUGGAUCGUCCCGCUGGUGCAUCGGGGCCUCUCAAGUCACGCGGCACCAUAGAAGACCGAGUCCUUCGUGAGAGACAGGCCAAGCUGGCGGACAAGGUUCGCACGCUCAAUGCUGCCCGAGUCAGGAAGCACCCUUUUCCUAUUCUUACCGAACUGGGCGAGGUGGUACAGAAGUCUCACGAGCCUCAUGCGUCGCAUUUAGUCGAGGCUUACCGCGCUACGAUUGAGAUUGUAGGCGAAGAUGCCGAGGCUGAAACGACAAUCAACCGUGCGACGGCCAGGGAGCGGCAGUUUGCCGGCAUGUACCUGGAUGAGAACCCCAACUCUGCGGCCUCUGUCACGAUGAGGAAGCGAAUCCUCCACGGCUCAACGGCGUUUCUUGAGAAGCAGUUCUUGAGGGAGGUUGAGUCUCUGAUUGCCAAGCAUCCUCAUGAAGCGAGGCUUGGCGGUCUGCCCGACAUCACCAGCAAAGUCAAGGCAUACAUUCGUCUCCGUUCUGCCAGAAAAGACCUGGUACCCGACAAUACGGAGCUUCAGCAGAUCCAGGGAGAGUUCGUCUGGGCUGUAGUGUUCUACCUCUUGAGAUGUGGCCACGUGAACGAGGCAGCUCAAUACGUCAACGACAACAGCAAUCACUUUAGGGGCAUCGACCGCACCUUUGCGACGUAUCUCAACAACUACGCCGCUAGCGAGGACCGGCGGAUCACGAACCGGAAGCUGUUGGACCGCUGUACCAACGAGUAUAUCCAGCGAUCGCGAAAUGCCCCCGAGAACUCCAUCGAUCCGUUCCGCAUGGCCUGCUACAAGGUCAUUGGACGGAUCGAGCUGAGCAACCGCAACUUGGAUGGCUUGAACACCGACAUCAACGACUGGAUCUGGCUGCAGUUCAACCUCGCCAGAGAAGUGGACAAGACGACAGAGAUGGCCGGCGAGUCGUACGGUCUGGCAGAGCUGCAGUCGAGCAUCAAAGAAAUCGGACUCAAACACUUUCCAAAGUCGACGUCGGAGGACACCACGAGCGGAAGUUUUGGCAUGUUCUUUUAUCUACAAAUUCUAGCCGGCAUGUUUGAGGAUGCCAUCGCAUACUUGUACCCGUUUUCGUAUGUGGACGCCGUUCACUUUGCGUUGGCACUCGAGUACUACGGACUGCUGCGCCCAAGCGAUCCCGUAUCCACGUCCAACGACUUGCGCAGCUGCAGUGUGAAGAACCUGCCGCAGAUCAACUUUGGUCGCAUGAUUGGGUACUACACGAGAGACUUCCGGGCGGCGGACGUGGUGUCUGCCGUGGAUUACCUCACUCUCAUCUGCCUCAACAAGGAUCUGGGCGGCGAGGCCGGCGAGCGGCAGAGCAACCUGUGCCACGAGGCACUGCGCGAACUGGUGCUCGAGACUCGUGAAUUCAGCAAGCUCAUUGGCGACAUCCGACCCGACGGCCGCGCCAUCCGUGGCAUCAUUGAAGAGCGCGGGCCUCUGAUUGGUCUCACAGAGGGGACGGACUUUGUCAACACGGUGACAUUGCAGGCGGCCAGUUUUGCGGACGAGAGCGGACGCACCACCGAUUCGGUCCUCCUGUACCACCUGGCUGGGGAGUACGAUACGGUUGUGGCCAUUGUCAGCCGGGCGCUCAGCGAGGCCAUCUCCCUGGAGAUUGGAGAGGACCCCAUGCGUCUGAUGCCCAUCAAGCCCAGAGCUGGCGGCGCGGAAGCAGACUCCCAGCAGCCGGGCAGCAGUCUCAGCCUGGCAUCCAUCGACGACCCGGUCGAGCUGGCAAGGACCAUGAUGGCCAUGUAUGAGCGUGAGGUCAUGUUCUACCGCAAGAUCCAGGACCAGAACAAGACGGCAUGCCGGGUGCUCCUGGAAAUGAGCAACAUCAAAAACCUGGUGGAGGCCGGUCAGUGGGCGCAAGCCCUGGACAAAAUCCGAAGCCUCGAGAUCCUGCCGCUCGACGCAGCCGGCGACGCGAGCACGAUUCGCGCCUACGCGUCCAAGUUUUCGGGGCUAUCACAGCCUGUUUCGAUUAAUGUUCCCAACUUGCUGAUGUGGACCAUCAUAUGCUGCGUCCGACAGAGGGAGGAGCUCACCAAUGGACAGUUUAGCGGCAAUGAGGGCACGAGGAGGAUGAUGGUGGAGCAGCUGAAGCAGAUGACGCUCGAUUUGACGACGUAUACCAGCCAGUUGAGGUACAGGUUCCCACCGCAUUUGCACGAGGCGUUGGCGAGGGCAUCGGCGGAGUAG